AUGUUGAAAAAAUUCAGCUUGUUUGGAAUAAUUCUAGUCUGUUCAGUGUUUCUUUUAAUUAUAUUCGUUAGCCAUCGUCUUGCAACUUCUUCAUCAUUCGAAUAUUUACCCUUUCAAACAAUCGGAAGAACAAUUCAAAGUUGGAGUGUUAUUGAUGACAUUUCAUCUAAAAAUGAUAAUUCAUUAUUUUACAAUAUACUCGAGGAAAAUCUUACAUUAGAAAUUUUAGCCGUUAUUAACGAACAAAGACAUAAAAUUCAAAAUGAAAUGAAAGGUUAUAAAUACUCGACAAGGUAUAAUAGUUCAAACGCCUUGUCAGAAUUAGUUCCUGAAUUGGGAGGACAACCCAUUAGAAGUAUUAUUGUAACAACAUGGAGAUCUGGUUCAACAUUUUUGGGUGAUAUAUUAAACAGUUAUCCUGCAAAUUAUUAUCAUUAUGAACCUUUGUUAGAUUUUGGUAUUGUUCAAAUUCGAGGUCCUCCAAAUGCACAGAAAGCAUUAAAUGUAUUGUCAAAUUUGCUCAAUUGUAAUUAUACUGGAUUGGAUCAUUAUUUAAAUUAUGGUAAGGAGCAUGUGUGGUUAUUUAACCAUAAUGUUAGAUUAUGGGAACAAUGUCAACAACAUCCCAACCUUUGUUGGUUGCCAGAAUUUUUAAAUUCAUUUUGCAGCCUUUUCCCAUUUCAAUCCAUGAAAAUUGUUCGAUUGAGAUUAAGAUUAAUCGAGGAAUUGUUAAAAGAUGAAAGACUGAACAUUAGAGUUUUGUUGCUGGUGAGAGAUCCUAGGGGAACUCUUCAAUCCCGUAAACAUCGUGACUGGUGUCCCGGUAACAGCGAUUGCGAUCAAGCUUCUUUACUUUGUGCGGAUCUUGUAUCCGAUUAUAGUGCUGCUUCACGUUUGACUGAAAAAUAUCCGGAUAGAUUUUUAGCCAUGAGAUACGAAGAUCUUUCACUCGAUCCUUAUAAAAUGGUUAAUCAAUUGUUAAAUUUUUACGGUUUGGAUUUUCAUCCGAACGUUCGUUUCUUCUUAGACACACACACAAAAGUCAACGUGGGAGGAGUAUCGAGCACUUAUAGGAAUUCAGCAUCGGCACCUUUUCACUGGCGUCAAGAUUUAAUGCAUAGAGAAGUUCGUCUCAUACAAAAUAAAUGUGGACCCGCUAUGAAAUAUUGGGGAUACGUAAAAGCUCAAAAUGCGAGUCACCAACGACUUUUCAAUCCGGUUGUGGAUUUUAAAUUAACCUGA